AUGGCGUUGUUGCUUCGAAACAAACAAUGGGGCAUAGUACUUGAACGAGGCAACAUGACAACCCAACUCUUCAGGGAUGUGUUAAUGCGCAUGAAAAGGAGACUGCCUAGAUUUUACAUUGAUCAAACUGAUCUUGUCAAGAUUAUUUUUUUCUGGAAAAAUCAAUACUUCACUAUCAAGGAUAUGUUGAAGACGAGGAUGUUUGCUUGGGACUCGACUGACUCAUGCGUCAUCGAUGGGCCUAUCGCUGGAGCGCAUGACUACCUUGUGGUAAACAAGUUUGCAAGAACACAUUGCAUUGAUCCAUGUCAUUUGUUCGAGAAAAUGAUGGAGGUUUUCGACAACGUGUCCCCAAAAGAGCUGAUUGAAAGUGUGGGCUCCUGUUCAGGUGGUGAUCCAGUAGAAGACAUAGAGAUUAUCGAUGUUUCUGAUUAA